UAUGGGAAAUCAUUCUCUUACAUAAUAUCCAGAUAUGACCCAUUCAAUUAUCAACGGUAAACAAGCAUCAGAAACAUUUUCAAAGGAUUUCUUAAGAAAUGCUCUUAUUUAGUAAGUUUAAUAAAGAGGAGGAUAAUUAUUAUAACUAUCUAGAGGAGCGAGUACAAUCUCAGGGGCUAUUGCAGUGAAAGAUCAUUUAAGAACAUGGUUUUUAGGUACAUAGUAAGAUAACUGGACAUCUUUUGGAGUAUGAUAUUUCAAUAUACAAGGUAAUAUCUGAUGGAAAUCAUUAUGGAAUUCCAAAAGGUAUAUGUUUUUCUUUGCCUGUUAUUUGUAAGGACUUUGAAUUUUAAGUCGUUGGAGAUGUAGAAUUAGAUGAUUUCUCUAAAUAAAGAAUUCAACUAUCUUUAGUCGAAUUGCAAAAAGAGUAAUAAUGA